AUGUUACUACCCUCCGCGCUCCCAUCCGACUCCUCCCAACAACCCUGGACUCAACCUCAGCCUCAAACUCAAGCUCCUUCUCCUGCUCCUCCUCCGCUCAUGACGCGCAUACAGACAGCCCUGUUUAACUCCCCUCCUCCUAGCCCUCCUCGGCUUUCGACCGAGAACGCCUUCGGCAGCGUCUUUAACUCGUGUCGCACCCUCCAAGCGCUCAUCGCAGCCGGUAACCAGCCCUCUCCGCCCCUCGAGCCGAGCGUUGAACCGAUUACCCCGCCUGAUUUGUCCUUCUCAGAACUGCCGACCCCGCCUUUGGCGCCCGCGGCGUCCCCUCCACUGAAGCUGCGCUUGCGCGCUAGGAGGACGGAGAAUAAUAAGGAUACAACUGGAGCAACGAAUGGUGAACAUGGCCCACAGAGAAUGAAGAUCCAUAAGAGGUCGGCCGCGGGAGGUACGGCGAGGGGACAUGGACUCAAGCGGAGGAGACCAGCAGUCGAAGAAGAUACCCUUGCGAGGGAAAGCGCGGGAGAGGAAUCAAUGAGUGAUAUUGAGGGAGGACAGCUUCUUGGUUCUGCGACAAGCAGCUUCAGCGCACAGCCACAUCUACCACGAGAGCAGAAACUCCCUCCAUUACCAAGGACCCCGCGCCGCUCGCGCAUCGCGCCUGAAGUCCUUCCCCUCGGACUGGAGCGCUCCGAUUUCCACACCCUCGCAUCAGAGCAAGGACCACAAGUAAACAAUGAGCCGAAGGGAACAGACAUCGUCACCGAGUCCGACGGGUCGACCUGGAGUAUCGAAGAGGAUCGCGUACUCGUCGAGUUAGUACUGGAGAAGCUAAAACUCUCCAAGGAAGAUUGGCAAGAUUGCGCGCGCAGUCUGGGCAAAGACCGCAGCAGUCUCGGAAGGAGAUGGAAAAGUCUUAUGAUCAACGGAGAUAUAGGGCUGAAGAAGAACGGGAGUAGGAGGGCGAGGUUGUAUGGGACUUGGCGGUGA